AUGGCCAUGGCGUUCCAGAGUAUCCUCCCCACGUUGCCUUGUUUUCUGCCGGCAUCCAACCUGCCUGAUGGCAUCGAUGCACCCGCUGUCGCCAGGGGAUUCGCCACCCUCGGAGCAUGGUCGUUGGAUGACUUCACAUCAGACGCCAUGUGGAGGGAUAGCGUCGCGCUAACAGGCACGCUGCGGACGUUCUAUUCAGCGGCAACCGUCUCUGCGGGUUGGACUGAGCGAUGUUUCGCCCGUCAAGUCCACGCUUUUCAGCUGAAUCCUGACGCUGCACGGGUGGUCCGUCCAGCCCCGGGUCUGGGUUGGAUCAAUAUCCCGUUUACAUUUGCUACAAAUACUCCCACUACCACGUGCUCGGGAUUUGUGUCCUUGGUACGGGGUGAAGGUGGCUGGAAGAUAUGGCUGUUGCGGACAAUUCUGGAGCAGUUUGACGGCUACCCUAACGUGGACGAGCCUCCGCAGCAGCCUCCGGUCCCAAUCGACGGCGCAGAAUACGAGUGUGUGAUCGUUGGCUGCGGACAAUCCGGCUUGAGUGUCGCUGGAAGGCUACAGGCACUAGGUGUGUCGUACGUGGUAGUCGACAAAGUAUCUCAAGUCGGAGAGUCCUGGCUCCAGCGUUACGAAUCGAUGAAAUUGCACACCCCCCGCGAGACCUCCCACCUACCUUUCGGGCGCACCUUCACCGACGAAUACCCAGAAUUCCUGAGCAGACAAGACCUGGCCCGGGGGUAUCAAGCGUGGGCCGAGAAAUACUCCAUUAACAUUUUAUUCUCAACCGAGCUGGUAUCCGGAUCUUGGAACGGGGAUAGACGAAGAUGGACCCUGCAUCUGCGUCAAAAUGGUGAGGUCCGCUCAAUCGCAUGCACUCAUGUCGUGAUGGCAGUAGGCGCGGGAGGGCAUGAGCCUGUCCGGCCUCAUUAUCUAGGCGAGGACAUAUUCCAAGGUGACAUACUGCACACGGCACAGUAUAAUAACCCGCAUCAGUGGAGGGGCAAACGUGCUAUAAUCAUCGGAUGUGCGAACUCGGCGCACGACGUCGCGGAGGACAUGGUCGAGGCGGGGCUGGCGUCGGUGACUAUGGUUCAGCGCAGUCGGACCUGCGUCAUCCCCGUCGAAUACAUGCCCACACGAGCAGCCGACACAAUCACCACCGCCGACAGAAAUCAAUACUCCGCCCCCCUGGCCCUAAACUGGCAGCUCUCGCGCCUCCACAUUCGGGCACAAAUCGAGGCGAACCCGGCCCGCUUCGACGCUCUCGAGCGUGCGGGCUUCCGCGUCGACCGCAGCGGCGACGUCUUCGCGCACGUCCACGAACGAUACGGCGGACACUAUCUGGACGUGGGGAACUGCGCGAAUAUUGUCAAGGGAUUGAUCCAAAUCAAAUCCACAUCCCCCAACCACCCAAUCCGCUUCACACCAAGCGGUCUCCUCUUCUCAGAGGGCUCAAACGACAGCCACCUCCCCGCCGACGUGAUCGUCUUUGCGACGGGAUUCAAGCAGAACGUGCGUGAUACCGUGCGCCAGCUCUUCGGGGAGGACGUCUACGACGCUGUUGACGAUUACUGGGGGAUUGAUAAUGAGGGCGAGAUCCGGGGGGCGUUUAAGCCUAGUUAUCAUGGGAAUAUCUGGUUCUUGUCUGGGACGUCGGGCCACUCGAGGUAUUUUUCGAGGUUCAUUGCGCUGCUGAUCAAGGCGGGUGUGGAGGGAGUGGAGGUGCCGGUUUAUCGGGGGGUUCCGGGGAAGGCACAUGAGGUUGAGGAGGUGGGGGGGCGGGGGCGGGGGCGGGGGCACAAGAAUUAG